GUCGUUGCUUGCGCCGAAGGCAUUCGAGUCGACGACAACGUCGUCCGGCGGCCAUGUUCGGCCUCUCGUCCCGCAGCAAGUCUCUUCAGCGAGAGCACUCCAUGAAGGGUGAACGUGCCUUUGUUGUGCAAGUCGAUGUACACUUUUUUCAGAAGUGCCUUGGCGUGCAGCUCGCGAUGGUCCCAGACGACGCCAUUGCACCGUUCCACCUACACGCUCAAGUUACUCGAGUCGACAGGCUACCUAAUGGAGAACGCAGUCCAGUCGACACAGCCAACUUGCGAGCACUUGUCCCUUCACUCCGAGUGACUCGUGGAAUGCGGCUGAGUUGGAUCAACACAACGCCGCUAUCCCAUGUUAGCUUUGACGCUGUUCUUACCAUGCUCAGCACCGCCUCCGCCCAUCCUCCGUUGGUUCUGCGCUUCGUGGACUGCCAUAAGGGUUUUGCAUCAGAUGAUACGUUGGUACUCCCCUGCAUCCCACCCAACUUAGUUCCAUCCACUUCCGUCGUCAAAGUGCCGCCACUUCCAGCACUCCCAAAUACCCCUUGGAUCCCUUGGUUUGCGAUGUUUGCCGUCUUGUUUCCUCCAGGGCGGUUAGGCCUCGAGCUCGCAUCGCUGCACCCACAUCCAACUCACGACUGUGCCGCGGCGCUGUCCACUCAAGUUGCGUCCCUGACAGCCCACCCACUGGGUCUCAAGACCCUCGCCGCUCGAUACAACGCGAUUGCCGAUGAAUUCAUGCAUUUGCGGCCUGGUCUUGCCGUCGCCGCGAUCAACCACGUGUCCGUUGCUGGCGUUGCUCACGACGUUGUUGUGCAAUUCGUCCAAAAAAUGCCAAGGCCACUGACAUUGCACUUUUGCGUCCCGUCGGAAGGCAUUGGAAACGAUGCAAUGCCCCAAGUCGCGGUGGUAGCUAUUCCGUCGGACAUUUCUACUACGUCCCACGACGCUCGAAUUCACCCGCAAAGCACCCCUCCAUGGCCGCACCCGGAUUCGGUACAAAUCUCGCCUGGCAAAGACGGUGUCCUGUCCUCGAAACCUGCCGGCACGGCUCCUGACGUAGUGAUUGCUCCAGCAGCAAGGACGGUGGUUCCUAUCGCGUCAACUGGCGGGACCGUGGCAGCUUGUACAACAACACCAGCGGCUGCAGCCACCACGCAGUCGCUUGCAUCAACCACAGGCGCAUCACAUUCAGCUCCUCCGCCUCGCGCAAGUGUGGCCCCACUCGUCCCAAGUCCACCUGGUGUAUCCUCAUCAGCCACGACAACCCCUCUUCCGUCCAAAGCCUCCACAGACUCUGCCGCACCCGUGGCUGCAUUAACGAAAAAGAACUCAUCCAAGCGCAAAGUUGUCGAGAAUCCCAAGCGCAAGGACCGGGUCGUCUACUCGUGGAUAGCAAGCACGCGCAUCGAAUUCGGCACUGGCCCGUUUGGGAUGAAGACGCAAGAAUACUCGGGCCAUGUCUUUCCCGAGUUCCAAGUCGAAGUGUACGAAAUCCCUUCCGAUGGCGCGCUAAACAAGUUGAAUGCCCGAGCCGAGAUCCCCGUGGCCCUGGGCAUGCGACUCGUCUCGAUCGACGCGCAGGGCCUUCAACACAAGUCGUACGAUGACGUGUUGUCUCUAUUGCGUGCGGCGAGUCGGCCCGUGGUCAUUCAAUUCGCAGAUGCCGCUCAAAGCACCGUCGAAGACAGGGACUAUGAAUCGUAUUUAGAAAGCAUCAAGCCCGCCGCAUCAUCGUCGUGGUGGAGCAGCGGAGCGGCGGUGGUCCAGCCUGUGCAGUACCUGGUGCCUAUCCCUGUCGCGUUCGAGACGGGACCGCUCGGACUCGAAACCCAAGACGUUUCCGAAGCCAAUGGCAAUAUUCCGCUCCAUGUUCAAGUGCAUUCGAUCGUCCAGGUCCUCGAGUCGGGCGACUUCGGCCCGGUGUCGCUCUACAACUGGGCCCACCCCGCCCCGUUACGCCUCACCCAAGGCAUGCGCAUUUACAAAGUGAAUGACAAACUCAUGUGGCAAAGCGAAUACAGCGAUGUACUGGACGCCAUUCGUAAGGCGGUGCGCCCCGUCGUGGUCGUUUUUGUCGACGUGGAUGGCCCGCAAUGCCGCGACGAAUUCAACGAAGAUGAUGACAACAACGAGAUAGACGAGGACGAGUGGUCCCCGGAAGCCCAGCAAGCGCUGUAUCGGCGCCACGUGCAUCUCAUCGACCAGAUCGACAUGGAAGAUGCCGUCCAAGACACGGCUCAACUGCAUUGGGACUUGCACGCCCAUCACCUCGCCCAGGAGGCCGCGCUAGUUCACGCGAAAAUACACAAAAUGCACAUGGAACUCGCCGCGCAAGCUGAAGAAACCGCUGCGUGGCACCAAAAGAUCACUGACCUCCACGACGACCAGCGGCGAUACCGCAGCAUCAUCGACGAUUUGGACAGCCAGGCCGCUGGAACUGCAGAGAACCCGCUCCUAGUCCGGGCCAAGCGUCUGGAGGAGCGGUCGCAGAAACUCCACGAUCGAACAAAAAAACUCAAGUCCGACCACAAGAAACUCAAGGUGCGUCAGGAAGCCCUGACAAAGGAACGCCACGAGCUCGAUGCCCUCGUUGACGCGCUACCGGAAGACGACGUGUCCGAGUCCCGUAAGUUGGCAGCGGCACUCUUCGACGUCGAUGUCACUCUGCCCCUCCAUGAACAACUCGCGCUAUUCCAGCGGCAGUUGAAAGAAGUGGACAAGGAAUAUCAGCAGGAAGACCGCCGGCGCAAACUCGUCCAGCGCGAAGUCCAAUACAUGCGAAAGCACAUCAAGUCGCUGUCGAAAGCGGAAAAGAAACUCAAAAAGACAACUAAAGUCAAGUCGUCCGAGAUAGACACGCGCAAGUCCAACUUGCGCGAGAAGCUGAAAUUAAUUAACGAUCAACUGGCCACGGCCGCAGAGGCAGGAGAUAACGAGCUCGCUGCCAAGCUAACCAAGCGCCGUAAGCACCUGACAAAGGAACUGCGAGCCCUUCAAGAAGACGACUCGGCUUCGGCGAAGAACGCUCCUACUGCAUCCAAGAAGCAAGCAAAGCGGGCCAAGAAAACAGCACCUGCCAAAGCAGUCAGCACUGGGAGCACUGGGAACGACGUCGCAAUUGGCGCAAUGCGGCCUAGGGCAGCCCCUUCGCCGACAGCGCGGCAGCCCUCUGUCAAGCUCGACUUCUUCUUGGAAGGCAUGCUGGAUAAACACCCGACCAUUUCGAACGAGACAGACGUGUUUACGAUCGGAUGGAAAAACUUCAAGAAGGCGUAUCCUCGAUUCUGCAUCAUCACAGCCCGCGGGACCCUGGCAUACUACAGACAGCAAGGCGACGCCGAGGCGCGCGGCGAACUCAACUUGGCCGACCGGUCCAUGGAAAUCCAAGUGAAUGGCUGCGUUUUUACGCUGUGCACCAACACAGAAAGCACCAAGUUUGAAGCGCGGUCGUCAGGCGAGUGCCGCAAAUGGGUCGACGCCAUCAAAGCGGCCAACUACCACUUUGUCACGGCUUGCUCUCGGAGGCAAUUAACCAAAUGAACAAGACGAUUACGUUAUCCUUCCG